AUGGUGACAGGCUCGGCGCGGGGUUCCCGCAGCCGGGACCAAGCCGCGCCGGCCCCCGUAGCGCCGGCCCCAGUCGGGCGGCGCGGCGGGGCGGCAGCGGCGGCGGUGCUGGCGGGGCUGUGCGCCCUCUGCUACGGCAACUCCCUGCGGGGCGAGUUCGUGCACGACGACGUCUGGGCCAUCGUGAACAACCCCGACGUGAGGGCGUCCGCCCCCGUCGCCUCCGCCUUCGCCAAUGACUUCUGGGGCAAGCGGAUGGCCGAGAACACCAGCCACAAGUCCUACCGCCCCCUCUGCGUCCUCACCUUCAAGUUAAACAUUUUGCUGGCUGGUAUGAACCCCUUCUAUUUCCAUGCCGUGAAUGUAAUUUUACACUGUUUAGUGACUCUUGUGCUGAUGUACACUUGUGACAAAGCUGUGUUCAAGGACUGUCGACUCGCUUUUGUCACGGCGCUGUUCUUUGCUGUGCAUCCCAUUCACACCGAAGCUGUAACAGGUAUAGUAGGCAGAGCUGACGUCCUAGCCUGUCUACUCUUUCUGUUGGCUUUUCUCUCCUAUAAUAGGAGUGUGGAUCAUCUUUAUGUUGGGGAACAUUUCCCUCCCACUGCCUCCCCAUUCUUCUUGCUGCUUAGUUUAUUCCUUGGGACGUGUGCAAUGCUGGUGAAAGAAACUGGAGUCACUGUGUUUGGUGUGUGCUUGGUUUAUGACUUCUUUUCCCUCUCCUGCAAUGGACUCAAACUGAGAAACGGGGGAAUCCAACAGAGAUCUGCCCGGCAGCCCGUGGCUUCUCCUUCUGCCUCGCUGCAGGUCCCUCCAGCUGGCCGGGAGAAUGGGAAGCAUCGCUUUGCUCACCGGAGCACCUGGAGCUCCUGCCACCCAGCGUCACCCCAGGAGCAGCGCAGCAGUGGCCUCUCUGUGCCCAGCAAAGCCAUGUGGGCCAUCCGGAGCUACCUGACUGCAAAUAACAACCAGAAUUUCUUGUAUACUGCAAGGCCUUUUUUGAAGAGAGCUGCUUUGGUGAUAAGCUAUGUGAUUCUUGUGUUGUAUUUCCGCCUCUGGAUAAUGGGAGGAUCGAUGCCUAUGUUUUCAGAGCAAGACAAUCCAGCUUCAUUCUCACCAUAUUUACUGACAAGGUUUCUCACUUAUUCCUACCUUCUGGCCUUCAACGCAUGGCUUCUGCUGGCACCCAUCACCCUGUGCUAUGACUGGCAGGUUGGCAGCAUCCCUUUGAUCGAGUCACUCUGGGAUGUCAGGAACUUAGCCACAGUGUUCCUGGUGCUGGUGAUGGCAUUAAUCAGCCUGCACUGCAUAGCUGCAUUCAAGAAACUGGAACACAAAGAAGUUUUGGUUGGCUUGUUGUUCCUGGUUUUCCCAUUCAUCCCAGCCAGCAACCUCUUCUUCAGGGUGGGAUUUGUGGUGGCAGAGCGAGUCCUUUACAUGCCGAGUAUGGGAUACUGCAUCCUUUUUGUCCAUGGUCUAAAAAAGCUGUCUACAUUGUUAAAUAAGUGGAGGAUUGCUGUUCUGACCCUCUUUGCUUUACUGCUGCUGCUCUUCUCUUGGAAGACCGUGAAACAGAAUGAAAUCUGGCUGUCACGAGAAUCCCUGUUCAGCUCAGGAGUGAAGACCCUGCCCCACAAUGCCAAGGUGCACUACAACUAUGCCAAUUUUCUGAAAGACCAGGGCCGUAAUGCUGAGGCCAUCUACCACUACAAAACUGCUCUCAAACUGUACCCUCGUCACGCAAGUGCUCUCAACAACUUGGGAACCUUGACCAAAGAUGUGGUGGAGGCAAAGGACUACUAUAGGCGGGCUCUUCAAUUAAACCCUCAGCACAAUCGAGCUCUCUUCAAUCUUGGAAACCUGCUCAAAUCCCAAGGGAAGAAGGAAGAAGCUGUAAUCUUACUGCGGGACUCCAUUAAGUACGGCCCCGAUUUUGCAGAUGCUUACUCAAGCCUGGCCUCGCUGCUGGCUGAACAGGAACGGCUUAAGGAAGCAGAGGAGGUCUAUAAGGCUGGCAUAGAGAAUUGCCCAGAGAGCUCUGAUCUCCAUAACAACUAUGGUGUUUUCUUGGUUGAUACUGGGGCUCCUGAGCGAGCUGUGUCCCACUACAGGCAGGCCAUCCUCCUGAGCCCCACUCACCACGUGGCCAUGGUGAACCUGGGCAGGCUUCACCGCUCCCUGGGGCAGAACAAAGAGGCUGAAGCAUGGUACAAGCGGGCACUGAAGGUAUCCCGAAAGGCUGAAAUCCUGUCUCCACUGGGGGCUCUGUAUUACAACACGGGGCGGUAUGAAGAAGCUUUGCAGGUUUACAGAGAAGCAGCAUCACUGCAGCCUUUCAACAGAGAGAUCCGACUGGCACUGGCUCAGGUUUUAGCAAUGAUGGGGAGGACGAAAGAAGCUGAAAAGAUGACAAACCAUAUCCUUAACGAGGAUGCAGAGUGUCUGGAGUGCUACCGCCUUCUCUCAGCCAUCUACAGCAAGCAGGAGCACUACACCAAGGCACUUGAAGCUAUAGAAAAAGCUCUUCAGCUAAAACCAAAGGAUCCAAGAGUCAUAUCAGAGCUCUUUUUCACUAAAGGAAACCAGCUAAGAGAACAGAAUCUCCUUGACAAGGCUUUUGAGAGCUACAAACGGGCUGUGGAACUCAACCCUGACCAAGCACAGGCCUGGAUGAAUAUGGGAGGCAUUGAGCACAUCAAGGGGAGCUACAUCACUGCCCGUGGCUACUAUGAGAAAGCCUUACAGCUGGUUCCAAACAGCAAGUUGCUGAAGGAGAAUCUGGCAAAGCUGGAUCGCUUGGAGAAACGUUUUCAGGAAGUUCAGGAGAAAGACCAAACAUAGCAUUCAGUCACCAGUGGAAGGAAACUCGUACCCCUUGGAGAAGAGUGUGGAGGAAGCCUGAUGCUCAGAAUGAUGAUGAAGGAACUUGGAUGGGACUCAGAAGGCAGAUUUUGAAUGCAUGCUUAUGUUUGACCAAAGUUGCAGGAGACACUGGGCUCCUGUGGGACGUGCUGGAGAAUGAAUGAAACCCUUUCUUUAAUCAAGAUUCAUGUUUAGGCUGAACCCAUUUUCAUUAAACUGGGAGUGCAGGUGGGACCUAUAGCUACAGUAUCUUGGUUAUAACUGGGGAAAUGAUGGAGACAAAGCACUCACCCAUUGCAGCAGGGGUGAAGUGGCACCUCCUGCUACUCAACACAGGCUCACUUCAUCCACAUAGAGUACCACUGAUGGGCUUCAUUGCAAAUACUGCCAGGCCCUUCUGAGCCAGGAAAGAUGGUCACAUAAAAAGGUUUUUUCAGGGGGUUAAUGUUGAGGAAAUUGUGACCACUUUUGCAGUUCUAAAUGUGACUUGAAAAUUAUUCUAAAAAAGGGAAAAUGAUACCUGAGUAUCACCCUAGAAGAAUGAUUCUACAAAUAGGACAAAUGAUCCUUUGACAGAAAACCUCACCUGAAUGUUUUACUCAUAAAUUAUUCUGUAGUAAUUCAGGUUCAUGAUGCCAUUAUUGUUAAAUAUCAUAUGGCUUUACCCUUUGCCCUCUCUCUCCAGACCAAAUAAUUAUUACUCUGAAAAAAAUGGAAGCAUCCAAAGGCAAUGGGAAGCUCUUGAAUUACUUGUCUUCCUGUCCAUUGCCCAGUAAAAAAACCAAACAACUAAACAACUAGCAAACAAUAUGAUCAAUAAAGGGGGCAAAGUAAAGCCACAUUAAAAUGACAGAAGAUUUCCUAGCCUGGAAAGUUGCUAAAGAGGCAUUUCUAAUUGGUGUGCAGGGACAGAACCCAUUUAUCAUGGUGAUAACACUGACAAAACAUUAUAUCAAAGUGUUCUCACCCCUCCCCCCAAAGACACAGAAAAUUACCUAUAGCUAAUCAGUUAUAAAUCUAUAUUUUAAAAUACUGGAGUGGGAAAACAAAUUCUUUUCUGAAUUGGGGCUUUUAUUUUUUAGCUUUAUUUAUUUAACUUAUAAUAGUCAAAUAAUUAAUAUAUUUUUCAGUUUUAUACGAAUUGGGCAGUAUCCAUCACAGCUGGCCACGUGGCUGGGUGUUGUGACUUGUAUUGUCUGAAGUCAGAAAAAUGUAGGACCACAGAGAUGUGCUUGAAUAACUCCCCCUAAUGAUGCUUCCAAAGCAUAUGGCUGCAGAGCACAUUGGACCAUACUGUCACUGCAAUAGCAGCACUUCUGCUGCUUCCACCAGAGUCUGUACUAGUUCACAGAGCAUGUUAAUGAUGCCACUACCUUUGGGUUUGGACAUCAGACUAGGUCAACAGUUUUUUCCUCUAACAGCAGGAGGGUAGCAUAGAGGUUGUUAUAUUUGAGCUUGAUUGUGGGCAAUCCCAACAGAAAAGCAGCCCAGGGCUUGGCAUUAUUAGUAAUGAGCAGCUCAGAUUAGCUAUGCAAUGCCUGGCUACACAUCUGCCAGGAAAAACUUGAGUGGUGGUGACCCAUGUGGUGCCCGGGUUGAGGUUUUCCUGACCAUGGCACCUUGGGAAUCUCCAGAUUCAGUCAUCAUGAUGGGGCAGCUGUGUGCUGGUGGUUCUGAUAACUCCAUUUAAAAACUUUGUGUCCGGCCACUACUUGUAGUCAAAUUACUGACAAAUUAUUAACAUGGCUCUGUCUGUAUUUGGAGCUCAGAGGGAAUCCAGAGUGGUGAAGAUGUCUGUCCUGCUCGGGCUUGUGGACCUGCUAGAGCCUUGAAUGUGCUCCCACUGAGAUGAGGCUGGACUUGGGGGGUCCCUGUUGGCCAAAGAGAGUGGCCAAUGCCUACAGCUGAGCAGAGGUGGGAGUGAAAGACCCUUCUGGGGAGAAGGUGGUGACAUAUUUCUGGGCUGCCUCCCUUCAAACCAGCUUCUGAAGGGAGCAGCUGGGAAAACCCCAAGCAAUUCUUCUGCUGGUGAACUUUUCCUUCUCCUCCCAGCCCACAGCAGCCUACUUUGCUUUCUGGGGCUGGGGGCAGGUUGGAGAUGGUGGGGAUGGGUCAGCCACCCUUGUCUUUUCACACAAUUUUAUGGCCAUGGACUUGCUGACCUGAUGUUUCUGUAGGUUCCCCACUGUAUGCCACACAUGGAAUUAGCUUUGCAGAGCCCCUUCUGCCAGGAUGUCCAGGAGGAGAAUGAGGCUUGUGUCAGCAAAGUCCUGUUGGAUGGGGAAACCAAAGCUGAAAUGUCCUCUGGGAGCAGUCAGUUCCCCACUGCUCAUUGAUAAGUUGUAGGACCAUUAAGCUCUCUGCUUCACUCCAAGGUGAGUUUGCCUUCAGGGCAGCUUCACCAAAGCCCUGUGUGCCUGGGCUGGCAGUGAGGCUGGGGGCUGGCAGAGCUGUGUUUGGUGCAGCCCCCCACAGGGGACACAUCUGCAGAGUGCAUCAACAGCGACCUGAAAUGUGGGGGACAGAGUUGGGGGAUGAUACGUCUCAUUUUAGAAAGUGUAUCAGCUAUAAACUUUGCCUCAUAAAGAUAUAUUAAAUGAAUGCUAUAUAUUCUGUAUGCCCCACAUCGGUGUGGCUUUAAAUUGUGGCUGAAAAAAAAUGUAUUUUUUUUUCAAAUAUAGAAGAAGUAUUUUUUAUAGUAAUGCAAUGUGAGGGGGAAGACUUCAUUUUGUGUUUUUAACUUAGGCUUAAAUCACUUUGUCUUUCCUGAGAGACCUGGUAGAAAUUAUUGGCUUGGUUUUGGUCUAGAACACGAUCAAAGCCACCUUGACCAAUGCAGAUGUAAAAGUAUAACAUAGCUUUGGGUGUCCCCCUUCCAGAUCCAGGAGAAUGAUUACCAUUUUUGCAACACUGUCUUACUUAUGUAGAAUAACAGAAAGGUGAGACCACCCCCCUAGUGAGGGAAGUGGUUUGGUUGGAAGGCAGGGCUGUGCUCAUCCCCUUGCCAGAUCUGGGCACGGAGCUUGAUCUCCAGUUGAACUUGGUGAUGCUUAUAUGCUGAAAGGAUGACUCUCCACAUUUUGGAGCUGGGUUUAUGGUAGUCAUGGAGAGAGGAGGGCUUGGUAAUGAACCCCUCUUUUCUGAACCAGCACUUUAUUACCCCAUCUAUGCAGUGUUAUGGUCUGCAAACUGGCAGCAUAUCUGGAGAACGAUUCCGACCAUGAACUACCAAAGCAGUUAAACCCUCGUGAAGUUUUGGGCUGAUUCCCUGUCUCAUUGGCAUCCGUGCUGAAAUGCUGUGUUUGUUCAGGACAUUAAUCUUGUGAAAAGUUUAUUGCAGACUAAGAAGAAGAAUGGAGUAUGAUAUGAAAUGGGUUACCUCCACCAAAAUGGAAUGCUAUUGUGGAAGAUAAAUUGAGCAACUUACCUUGUGAUAAACUGGAUAUUAUCCUAAUUAAUCACAGGAAAUUUCCUCUUCCUCUAGCAUCGCACAGCUUCUAAAAUAAUGAGUUAUAAAUACAUUGCUUUCUGCCAACUUCAGUGCUCAGCAUGGUUCACAGAGAUUACAAAUUAAUAAAUGGCUGAAGCUGUACCUGGUGGGGGAGAGUUUGUUCUCUCUGCAAGCUGCAUUGGCUGUACCUCAGUGCUCACCAAUAUUAAUGUGUAGAAUUAACAGAAAGCUGGUUAGACAGGACUCUCAUGGACUCACUGUGCAUUUUAAUUCUAAAUGAAAAGCAUAAUAAUUGUGUUGCUUUUCCCCAUGAAUAAUAUUUCCAACUGGUGGAUUUUGUUUUCAUUUUAUUGCUUAUUUAGUGUCCAGCAUUCUUUGCUUCCAUUCCUCCUCUAUCCCCCAGGAUAAAAUAUGCAGUGGGGGCAUUUUCUCUCUCCCAUAGGCUGCUUGGACUAGAUUUUCCUACAAAUGUGCAGGCAACUUGUUUUGGACAAACAGUAAGAGAAUGCAGCAGUGCAAAUGGCCUUCAUUCCAGACAUCUCAAUGUGGAUGGGGGGGUGUGCAUGCAGGCAGAUGGGUAGAAGAUGUCUAAGUUAAAAAAAAAGAAAAUAAGAGCCUAACUUGCAGGGCACACUGGAUAUUCCCUAAAAUUAUCUCCAAAGACUGAAAGCUUCUCAAGUUAUAGAAUGAGAUAUCAUGUACAAUAUUUGGUGAAAGAAGAUAAUUGUCAUUCUUAUUUCAAUAAUUAGGCAAUUUAGAAUAUAAUUGUAUGAUCUUUUGCCCAAAUUGUCCUCCAACUCAGUGAAACAAUUGGAGUGCUUAAGUCUUUUCAAUCUGUAUGUGAUUAAUUUGCCCAAGUGCUCAAUUUAUAUCUUUCAUGUCUGCAAUUAUGCAGUCUUGGGAAAAAAUUAGCCCUUAGAGGGUUUUUCUCUCAUACCUUCAGUCUCCUGCAGCAAUUUCAUACUGCACCAUUUUGCUUUCAUGUACAUUUAAAUCCAACAGCGGGUGGGAAAAAAAAUUAAAAAGUGCUUGGCAUUCACUAGUGUUUCAAUGUGGCAGUUGCUUCAGGUAAUCUUGAUAACUGUGCAAAAGUUCAUUGCCAUGUUUGUACUGACUUGCUGAAAAUUUGUUUCCUCUGGAAAAUACCCCCAGUGGCUUCUACAACUGUAGUACUGCAGAAAUCUCUACCUGAAGUGGAUGUUACACUGGGUGUCUCUCAUGUGGGAGAUGUUUGCAUUGCCUGUUGUUCAUAUGGUUCUUAUUUCUGUAUCUAUUUUUUUUUCUAAUCAGUUGUGCAUAUCUUUAAAAAAAAACAACACAAACCAACAACAAGAAGACAGCCCAUGGAUUAGACACCCUUAAAAAAAAUAAAUUCACACAUAGCAGCUGCUGGAUGUAUGUCAGUGGUACAGGAAUUUGCAGUCUUUGCUUUUUUUCACUGUGGGAUUUAUGGCUAGAUUUCACAUUAAGGAGUUAUGCUCAAAGUCUUUGCAAAAAAAAAUUGUAUGUAAAUGUCUAUUUUAUAUAAAAAGUAAGAAAAA